AUGAUUUGCCACGACAUCGACGAGGAGACCCUGCACCUGGUCAUCCAGAUGCAGCUCGAAGAUCUAGAACAUAUGAAGAAUUGCAGAAAGGGCAAGCAGAAAGAAGGUAGUCUUCCUGACUCGGAAUUCGCCUUCGAAACCUACCAGUCUGAGCUCAAGACAUGUGAGCAACGAGUAUCGGACAGAACCAUGAGCCGGAGCAUUCAAAAGGCCACCCGUACAGAUGGUAAACUUGUGACAGUAUUCGCUGCACAGGAGAGGCAAGCUGAGCGCGACAGAGAGAUAGCACUUCGCCUUAGCCGCGGCGAGACAGUCAACCAGAACUCCUUUCAGACUUCUGCUAAUUCAAAGACGACUUCCCCAGACGAAGACAUGUCCGACUUAGACGCCGACAUGCUUCGCAAGCUUCAGAAGCUCUACAUGUCUGCAGACGCCGACGAUGACGAGACUCUAGACCAGCCAGAGUCCUCCUCCUGGGCAGCUUCGCGAAGCGACAUGAAUGGCACCACGAAGCCCGUCAAGCUGUCAGGACAGGUUCUCCAUCACUAA